UCUCUCCCCUGUUCUGUAAGAAAAUUCUUAGAAAAAAAAACAAGAACAAACUUUUUUCUUAAUUGAAGAAGAAACUUUCUUCCAACAAAGCUUUUGAAGGAUUCGUCUUUCCGUGAUAAAGAAGCUCCAAAUCGUGUGUAUCUGUACAGAAAGGGAGAGAGAUUCUGAUUAAGAAAAGCCAUGUCUAUGUCUAUUGUGAAACGCUUUGUUUCGUAUAUGUCUGCUCGCAUCAGAGAAAAUCAUCGGUUGCUUAACCGUUAUUCUUCCGCUUCUUCUUCCGCUCUCAAAGAAGCUUCCAUGUCUUCGUCAUCCCAAUCUGAAUCUUCGUCUCUCGAAUCCGUUCAUCUUAGCCACAAUUGUAUCCAGAGGAUGAAAGAGUUACAAUCUAGUGAGCCGGAGAAGAAGCUGCUUCGUUUGGGGGUAGAAACUGGAGGAUGUUCUGGUUUUCAGUAUAAGUUUGAGCUUGAUCAUAAAACCAACCCUGAUGACAGGGUUUUCGAGACCAACGGUGUGAAAUUGGUUGUAGAUAAUGUCUCCUAUGACUUUGUCAAAGGCGCUACCAUUGAUUACGUCGACGAACUCAUCCGUUCUGCCUUCGUGGUAGCUGAAAACCCGGCAGCAGUGGGUGGAUGCAGUUGUAAAAGCUCCUUCAUGGUGAAGCUUUGAUUCUUUUUAACCAAUUCUUCUAUUACCAUAUUUGAUCUUUUGUUAUUUACUUGUACAAUGUCUCAUAAGUUUUUGCUAUGUAUCAUCAUCAUUCAAAAUGGGCAUAACUAGGGAAACUUUGUAGGCUUUCUAGCUCAACACAAUCAAUUGUCCAUCCUAUUUUUAAACAAUAAUGGAAUGGUUUACACAAAGAGGAAUGAUGUAUCUUCUCUUUUAUAUACACAUCACUUGAUCUC